CGGUGAAACCGCCUGCAGUUGUCUAGAUUCGUACUUGCUGCCAACGGCUCAAAACUAAGUCUUGAAGGCUUAUUUCCAAUUCUGCUCUUAAACGAUUCACUACAUUAACUAUUGACAUAAUGGCUGGAAUUCCACCUCCCAAUAAGAACCCAGAGAUUAAGUUUACCAAGAUUUUCAUUAACAACCAGUUCGUUGAUUCAGCCAAUGGCAAGACUUACCCUGUUAUCAAUCCUUACACAACGAAGAAGAUUUGUGACGUUCAGGAAGGAAGUAAGGCUGACAUCGAUAAAGCUGUCCAGGCAUGUAAAUUAGCGUUCAAGCGUGGAACACCAUGGAGACGCAUGGAUGCCAGUCGCCGUGGACAUCUUUUAUAUCGUCUGGCUGACCUUUUUGAGAGAGAUAUAGCCCACUUAUCAAGUUUGGAAACUUUGAAUACAGGCAAGCCCUAUAAGAAUUCUUACCAAGAUAUGGUACACAGUAUCCAGAUACUGCGUUAUUUUGCUGGUUGGGCGGAUAAGAAUAUGGGGCAGAACAUUCCGGUUGAUGGUGACUUCUUCAGUGUUACCAAACAUGAACCUGUUGGUAUUUGUGGCCUUAUCAUACCCUGGAACUAUCCAAUGGUGAUGAUGACUUGCAAAAUGGCCCCUGCUUUGUCAUGUGGUAACUGCGUUGUAAUCAAGCCUGCUGAGCAGACACCUCUUACCGCUCUGCAUUGUGCAUCACUGGUGAAGGAGGCUGGCUUCCCACCAGGUGUUGUAAAUGUGGUACCGGGAUAUGGUACAACAUGUGGCCAGUCGAUUUCAUCACAUCAAGACAUCAACAAAGUAUCUUUCACUGGAUCAACUGAGGUUGGCAAGUUGGUAAUGCAAGCUGCUGGUAGCAGUAAUUUGAAACGUUGCUCUCUGGAACUCAGCGGAAAGUGCCCCCUUGUCGUCUUUCCUGAUACUGAUCUUGAUUUUGCCGUGCAACAAGCUCACGAAGCUGCUUUUGAGAACAUGGGUCAAUGCCGCUGGUCUGGAGCUCGAACCUACGUCCAUGAGAGUAUCUAUGAAGAGUUUAUAAAACGAUCAGUGGAACUUGCCACCCGAAGGAAAAUUGGUGAUCCUUAUGAACUGGAGACUGAACAUGGACCUCAGAUUGAUGAAGAGCAGUACAACAAAGUUAUAGAUUAUAUAAAGAGCGCACAGGAGCAAGGUGCAAAGUUGAAAUAUGGCGGUAACAAACAUGGAGACAAAGGUUACUAUAUUGAACCAACUGUCUUUUCUGAAGUUUCUGAUAAUAUGAAGAUUGUAAAGGAAGAGAUAUUUGGCCCGGUACAGCUGCUGAUGAAAUUCCGUGAUCUUGACGAAGUAAUCGAUCGCUGCAACCAGAGUGACUAUGGAAUGGCUGCUGCCAUUUUUACCAAUGAUGUCAACAGAAUUAUGACUUUCACGAACUCCGUCAACACUGGCACAGUUUGGGUUAAUACUUACCACUAUUGGUUCCCACAAGCACCAUUUGGCGGUUACAAGACAUCUGGAAUAUCUAGAGAGAUGGGCAAAUAUGCACUUCGUGAAUACACAGAGGUUAAAAGCAUCAUCUACAGAAUUCCACAGAAAAACUCCUAAUUGCUGACAUGGUCGUUCAAGAAAUUACAUUGAAUAAAGAACAAGAAUGAUUUAAAAUGCCUGUCUGAAAGACCUGUUGACUCCAACAACAAGAACAGCAACAAUGAUAUUACUCCUAAUGAUAAUAUUUUCAUUAGUACAGCAACUAAUACAAAACUAAAAUACAAAUUUCGCUAGUGCAUGUAUGUCCAUUGCUAAACAACGUUAUUUAAUUAAU